UGGCCAAAGGAGAAGGAGCUGAGAGCGUCUCUUCGGCUGGCCUCUUGCAACCGAGCAUCUUAAAACCGGAGGAACUGAUCCCAUCCAAGGUAAAGCGAAAGUCAUCGGCGGAAGCGGGAGGGCGAAGGCCAAAAGGGGCCGGGGGAAGAAGAAAAAAGUUAACUAAGGCGCGGAGAGGCUGGAAACCGCGCGCGAAACUGGCCCUGCUUGCAAGCCCAAGGAAGAUCGACUCCCGAGGAAGCGCGGCUAGAAAUAGCUGGGCGAUCCACGUGCAGCCCCCGGGGCAGUCGAUCCACCGGGAAGGGAUCCCCAGAGAGCCAGAAAGCAUGGAAUGUGUCUGGGCGGUGCGCGCUGCUCGCUGGCUUCCCCCCCUCCUCCCAAGCGGACCCGGGAGAGCCUGAAACGCCCCAUCCCCAAAAUAAAGGGGGUCCUGGAAGGCGAAGUUCGGCGAGCCGUCCGGAUCCCUCUCUCCGGAUCAGGGCGGAGGUGGGCGGGCAGGCGGGCGGACGAGCCUUCCUUAUAAGUCUCGGAGCCUUCAAAUUCGAGCGGGCUCUGGGUGAACGAUCCACCAUGGCUCUGCUGCGGACGCUUUCUGGCCCCUGGCGUUUCCUCAAGAGAGAAAGCAAAACAAAGCUAUCGAUAUGCAGCAAAGUGUGUUAUGCCAUUGGUGGAGCACCCUAUCAAAUCACUGGUUGUGCUUUGGGAUUCUUUCUACAGAUUUACUUGCUGGACGUGGUGCAGAUGGACCCCUUCUACGCAUCCCUCAUCCUGUUUGGGGGACGGGCGUGGGAUGCCAUAACUGAUCCCCUGGUGGGUUUCUUCAUCAGUAAAAGCUCCUGGACUUGCUUUGGACGCCUGAUGCCCUGGAUUGUCUUUUCCACUCCCUUUGGUGUGAUCUCCUACUUCAUGAUAUGGUUGGUGCCCGACAUUUCUCAAGGGCAAGUGCUGUGGUACCUUUUCUUCUACUGCGUUUUUCAGACCCUCGUGACGUGCUUCCAUGUUCCUUAUUCAGCCCUCACCAUGUUCAUCAGCAGAGAGCAGAGCGAAAGGGAUUCUGCCACAGCCUACCGCAUGACAGUAGAAGUGCUUGGCACUGUCCUAGGGACAGCCAUCCAAGGACAGAUUGUGGGGAAAGUAGACACGCCUUGUAUUCCAGACCCACCUUUCUUCAACACUAACAAUUCUUCGGUGGUCUUAGAAGAAGUCAACAUCACUCGUGACACUGGUUCGCUUUCUGAUACGAGAAAUGCCUAUAUGAUUGCAGCCGGGGUCAUUGGUGGGAUUUACAUUCUUUGUGCUACCAUUCUGUCUCUAGGCGUGCGGGAAAGGCAAGAGUCUUCUGAACUUCAGCUGGCUGAGCCGGUUUCCUUCUUCGAGGGUUUGAAGCUGGUUAUGAAACAUGGACCCUACAUCAAGCUGAUUGCCGCUUUCCUGUUCACCUCCCUCGCUUUCAUGCUGUUGGAAGGAAACUUUGCCUUGUUCUGCACUUAUACCUUGGGGUUCCGAAAUGAGUUCCAGAACAUUCUGCUCGCCAUCAUGCUCUCAGCCACCCUGACCAUCCCUUUCUGGCAGUGGUUCCUUAUACGUUUUGGGAAGAAAACGGCUGUUUACAUUGGCAUCUCGUCUGCCACUCCUUUUCUCAUCUCGGUGGCGAUUUUUGAAAGUAACCUCAUUAUGACCUACGUGGUGGCCAUUGCAGCUGGAAUGAGUGUCGCCGCUGCUUUCCUCUUGCCAUGGUCUAUGUUGCCAGAUGUUGUGGAUGACUUCAACCUCCAGCAUCCGGAUUGCAGAGGCCACGAAGCUAUUUUCUUCUCUUUCUACGUCUUCUUCACCAAGUUCGCUUCUGGAGUGUCACUGGGGAUCUCCACGCUCAGUUUAGACUUUGCAGGAUACAAGACUCGAGGCUGCUCCCAACCGGAGGAGGUGAACCUGACUUUGAAAAUGCUCGUCUCUGCUGCCCCGGUGGCUUUGAUUGUCUUUGGCCUGCUCCUUUUUAAGCUCUACCCCAUUGAUGAGAACAGGCGGAAAAAAAACAAGAAAGCGCUGCAAGAUUUAAGAGAGGAAGAGAGCAGCAGUAGCACCGAGACAGAUUCUACAGAAUUAGCCAGUAUUGUUUGACCUUACCUUGUCUUGGUUUACCCCCUGGGAAUCCUCUAAACAUGGGGCCACCAUGACAUCUACUGUGAAAGACUUCCUUCCAUGGGAGAGCUCUUGUGAAGCCUUAAAGACUGCUCUGGAAAUCAAAUAUUGAUCGACGUUGUGCCUUAAGUGGGAUCCAUGGAUCAUCGAUUGUCAAACAUACUUUACCUUUUGGUACUCCAGUAAGAUACCUCUAAGGAGAACAAGCAUCAUCUCAGUGUGACUUUUGCCAGAAUCAGUUUGAAAAACUCUGUUGCGUUGUGAUAUCUUUUAAACAUAUGCUAUUUAUCACUAAUCCACCCACUGAAUGGUGCAAAUCUCUAAAGUACUGUUAAGUAUAUUUUGGUAUGUUUUUUUCCUAUUCAAUAUUGUGUUAUAUAUUAUAUUAUCAUGGAUCCAGAUGGUGCUUUUUUGGUGUAUAUUACACCUGUGGCCUGACCUUGUCAAAAUAUGACCUUGUACUGUUUUUUUCUGUAAAUAAGAUGCAACUAAUGAACGAUUCUGUGAUGUUCCUGUUUAUAUAUAAGUAUAAAUAUAUAUAUGUAUGUAUGUAUAUAUCAAGAAGCUAAUUAAAGUAACUUAAUCCUGUACAUAUAAAAAUGUUACAUUUUCCUAUUUGUAUAUUGUGUACAGAAAGAAAACUGUGGAUUUGUUAAUAAAUUACAUU